AUGAAUUGUAUAACAUAUAACAUUAGAGGAGGCGGAACUUCUACAAAGCGUAGAAGAAUCAGAGAAACGAUUAACAAAGGCAAGACGGACAUUUGUUUUAUACAGGAAACUAAGAGGCAGAACAUGACUGAGGAAUUCGUAAAGAGCUUUUGGGGUGUGGAUAGGUGUGAAUGGUCUGCUACACCAUCGAUUGGACAAUCUGGUGGACUAAUAACGAUUUGGAGGUUAGACAUGAUGAAACAUGUAUCUAGUUUAUGUGGUAAGGGCUUUUUAGGUAUCAAUAUGGUGUGGAAGGAGUUGAAUUGUCAUCUCACCAACGUAUAUUCAAACCCGUAUCUAGUUUGUGUUGAACCAUGUGUAUUUGUUUCCAAUAGUAGGUAG